CGGCGAUGGCGGCGGCGAUGGAGAGGCGGCGCGAUAGGCCGUGGGCUAUGGAUUGGGCGAAUUGGGUGUGAGUCCCCGGCACCGCUCGCAAAUGGGUACGCUCCAAAUCCCGCAAUUCAAUCCGCCCGGGGGUGGUAGUGCCGCCCAGGACGUUUUAGGGCGUUGAUGGAAGAGCAAGAGCAAGAGCAAGAGCACGCGACCAAGCAUGGGCGAUCAUCUGAGAUACAAGCUCCUCCAUCGCGCGCAAUCGCCCACUUCCAAUCUGCCCAAGCCGCUCUUCCAGGGGAUGGACGUGGUGGGAUUGAAGAAGCGCGGGCAGGGCAUCCGGUCGUGGAUCCGGAUCGACCGCGCGGGCAAUUCCCAGGUGCUAGAGAUGGACAAGUUCGGCAUCAUGAGGAGGUGUGAGCUCCCGGCUCGCGACUUGCGGCUGCUGGAUCCACUCUUUGUCUAUCCUUCCACGCUGCUGGGACGAGAGAAGGCCAUCGUUGUCAACUUGGAGCAAAUCCGGUGUAUCAUCACCGCGGACGAGGUGCUGCUCCUGAAUUCGCUGGAUCACUACGUGCUCCAGUACGUGAGCGAGCUCCAGCGGCGAUUGAUGCCGAGGAUGACGAGCUCCUCGAGCAGUAGCAACAUCGCUGGGAGAUAUGGUGGUGGUGGUGGGAUUGGAGCGAUUGGAUUUGGAGGUGGUGGAGGUGGUGGUGGAGGGAGCUGGGAGUGUGAGAGUGAGGAUCAUCCGGCCAAGCAGGAGAUGAGGAGGGCGGCGCUGAUGAGAGAGACGGACAUGUUUAGCGGAUCGUCGGCGGCGGACGAUUUGCCGUUCGAGUUUCGAGCGCUCGAGGUGGCGCUGGAGUCGGCGUGCACGUAUCUUGAUACACAGGCUACAGAGCUUGAAGAGGAAGCGUAUCCAGUUCUGGACGAUCUAACCUCGAAGAUCAGCACGCUCAACCUGGAGCGAGUUCGUAGGCUUAAGAGCAGGCUCGUGGCACUCACCAGGAGAGUCCAAAAGGUCCGGGACGAGAUCGAGCACCUCAUGGACGACGACGGUGACAUGGCCGAGAUGUAUCUAACCGAGAAGAAGGAGCGAGCCGAGGGCUUCUUGUACUCAAACAACGUCUGUGCGUCGGUGUCGGCCCCUGUGUCUCCGGUUGGCAGCCCGCCGACCGAGAAGAUCAAGAGCCUGGACAAGACGAUGAGCCUGGGAAGAAACCUCUUGGUCCAGCCACCCGGCUCGGACAGUGAAACGGAGCGAGUGGAGGAGCUGGAGAUGCUGCUCGAGGCCUACUUUGUUGUCAUCGAUGGCACGCUCAACAAGCUCACCUCGCUCAAGGAGUACAUUGACGACACCGAGGAUUUCAUCAACAUCCAACUGGACAAUGUGAGGAACCAGCUGAUCCAGUUUGAGUUGCUGCUCACGACCGCGACGUUCGUGGUGGCAAUUUUUGGCGUGAUUGCGGGUGUUUUCGGGAUGAACAUCCAGAUUGACCUCUUUGACGAGCCGCGAGCUUUCAAGUGGAUUCUCAUCACGUCUGGCGUUGCUGGCAUCGCGAUCUUUCUCGCAUUCAUAUUAUUCUUUAAGCAGCGGAGGCUGCUGUCACUGUAAAAAAAGUAAAGCCUCCGAUUUGUGCAGCUGAGAGAAAUAAGGAAAAGAAAGACCUUGCAGAUC